GCUUACCAUCCUUCGUUGGUUCGGCAGGGCAGAAGGCAUCGCGCCUCUGUCUGUGUCAUCCCCCCUGCCUGCCUCCCGCCCUAGUAGGUCCAUGGCAAGGCCGGGCGACGUAGAACAAGAUGACAUGUGAUGGAUCGAAACGCAAGUGACAUAUUGCUGCUGCGCCUUAACUUUAGCCAUAGCCAGGGUCGGGGAGUGGGCAGAAUCAGGCACGGGCCAGGACGGGAGUGGGAGAAGGGCAGGCGAGGCGAGGGAUGAGGAGCAGGGAAAGGGGGUGAAGACGAGCGGAGGAAUGGCGACACAUUAGCUCCUUCUUUGCUUUCUUUACUUUUAUCACUCGGUUCCUGUCGUUCGUCAUUGUUCACGUUCUUGACAGGCGACGCAGACGCUGCCCACCCCCACCCCACCCCCGCUGGCUUUUAGUGUAGCUUGUUCGACCACCACCCGCACUCUCUCUGGUUAGUUUUUCACGCUAGUCGUCUAGACCUCAAGUUGUGGUAGGCAUUGCGCGUUCGGGUGUUGUUGCGUUGCGUGCUCGCUUGCUCGGCUCGCUCGCUCGCUCUUUCCUCGUGGUGUAUCGUAUCGGUUGGACGUGGAGAAGGAGAGGAUGCCGAAGCGCAGGCUCUCGACGCCAUAGAGCGUAGGCUCUUGCUUCCGGUCGCCGCACUCUGCCAGCGACCUCAGCGGAACAUCGUUUUCUUGGUGCAGUAGAAAGCAUUAGGAAGGAAUAGGUCUGGAGUGGUCGCGAAGCACUCACCCAUCUCGAAGUUGUUCUUGGUUCUCAUUCCUGUGAAGAUCGAUCGCCAAGGAAAGCUAUCACGGUUGGGCGUCGGUGACCCGAAGGUACUUCUUGUGACCGAGUCGAGGAAGUGGGGUGACUUUUUCACGACAUUAGCCGGUUUCAUCUUUGUAGGACGGACUGGUGUGGGGAAAACGUGUAGGUUUCAUUUUUGUAGUUUGUAGAACUUAGGACCUCGAGGCUCCUCUUUCAAGGGCUUUUGUUCAAUACCUGCAAUCGUAUCGACUUCGAUCUGCGAGUGCAUAAGUCCGUCUUCAAGACUUCCGGAGUGCUUUCACUGGCUUGGUGGAGUGGGGUUUGUGGUCCAAGAGAGGACCGUGAACGUUCCUGCGGUCGUUGGGGACGAUACGCGCCUCGAUCGUUGAGUGUUAGCUAGUUUGAGAGGAAGGUGCUGGUUGGGCACAGUCCAAAACCACCUUACCUCGUUGUGGUUUCGGAGCGAUCUAUGGCGUAUGUGCUCGUGGCGGCUUCUGUCCACAUCGGGUACAUUUGCCUUCAGUUUUUGUGAAGAGACGGAGAACAUAGGUAGUGCACGAGCGUUAUGGAAGUUCUCAGUGCUCGCAUGACCCCAGCAUUCAAAGGUGAGGAAAACGCUUACUACAAGAGGAUGUACGAGAGUAACAACAACAAUACCAACAACAGCAGCAGCAAGCACGCUCGGAAAGGAGAAAUGAAAGUUGAGCACCGUUCCGAAAGGGCUGUAAAUUACGAGGCAGGUCCAAUGAGAGAAAGCGGAGUACACAGGAAAGUCUACUCAGCUGGAGGGUCUCAAGGAUGGGAUGGAGGUAGCAGGAAGCCUGUCGCUGCGAGAUCGAUGGGCCGACCUGGUCACCUCGACGGUGGAAACAUGUCUACUGGUAAUCAACGGAGGAUUGAAAAGGUGCAAGAGUCCUCGGAUGAACUCGAAACAAGUCAGGAUAAUGCCCACGAUGAUUCAGAUAUGUCUGGCGAUGAAGAACCAGCCCCUGCACAGGCAGCUGAAGCGCCUCAAAAAUGGCCUAUUAUCCAGAUUGUUGAUCCUCCGGCUUGGCUACCUGAAGGCUGGACAGCAGUUCUUCGCACGCGAGAAAGCGGCUCCAAGGAUAAGUAUUACGUCGAUCCUGUAUCGCAACGCCGCUUUCGCUCCAAGACGGAGGUCAAUUACUACCUGCAGACUGGGAAGAGUUACAGAUACAAGCGCAAUUUGGCGUUGUUGACCAAACCUUUGAAGGAGGAUCCCGUCUCUCUACCAAACACUGUGCCGAUGAGAACUGUGAACUUGGAUGUGUCGAGCUCUCGCGAUAAUCCACAGACCCUUCCCUUCAUGAGUCCUUCUUCAUAUGGCGACCAUCGAAGCAUGGUAGCACCUCAGUCAAGGCCUGGUCAAGGACCUGAUGUGAGGCUCAGCAUGGGUCUCUCUGGCGCGGAACCCAUCAAGGUUGCGCCCGUUCGUAAUAAGCCAGGUCCUAAACCUAGAGUGAGAGAUGAAGAGACUGGGAGACCUUACCUUUCGACAGUGUCUAAGAGGAACAUUGUUGAAGAAAGGAAAGUAGCUGGCGGCUCUCAAGGUGUGGAAAACAGGGGCAAGCUUAUCUUGAAAUUGAAGCGUAAAACUUCAGAACUAGACGAAGGCCAAAAGAAUGGAAAGAAGCCCCGGCCGUUUGAAGUUGUUGGAGCAACUCCUACUCAAAGAUCGAGGAGCAGUACGAGUAGUGAAGAAGACAGGCAUCAAAAGCCAUGGCCUUUGGAUCACGCCGCGGAGUCUUCUAGGGUACAUUUGACGCCCAUUCAUGCCGCGAGGAAAUUAGGCAAAAGUGGUCCUGUCUGGCAUUACCCACCUGUGAACCAACAUACUAUGGGUGCUGGAAAUGGGCACAUGAGCAACCCUAACGGCCAAAGUCACCUACUGGAGAGAACAUCCGGUUCAGCGACUUUGUCGAUCACAGAUUCUGAAAAUGCCAAGUUUGCACACAAGAGAGAGUCUCCUGCCGAGCAGCUUCAGAGACUAGGGAAGAAGUUGUGUCAGCAAGCAGUUAUAGUUCUUAGAAGCGAGUAUUCUGGAGUGAAUACACUGCAACAGAUCAACCACGGACUGGGUGCUGCUAUGAACCAAGGGUAUUAUUCGGGACACAACUCGAAUUUUAAUCCUAGUUUCAAUGCCUUCAAUCCCAAUUUUAAUGCCGGGUUCAUCUCUCCUCCUCCCCCUCCAGCACAUUACCAUCAGCAACAACCAAUUAAGCGAAUGCGAGGUAGCUUACCGAAGGAAAAGAGCAUUUUACCCAUGCAGAAGUACGGAUUGGAUCAUCAUUAUCUGCAGCUUCCUCAGUCUGUUUAAAUUUACCAAAAGGAAGUGACAGUUUCACAGGAAGAGGCGGAUUAGGUCACUCGGAGUGAGUGGAGUACGAGAACAUAGACACCAGGCACCAUGUACAGCAAUUCCACCAACUGGUCUCCAAUUGUGAGUACUGUUGUAUACUAGUAUCAUUCAGUAGGGCUUUAAUCUCUUGCUUGUAGAGGAUGUAAUUUUUGGAAACCCUUUGCUCCGUGGCCUUCAAGGUUGGCUCUCGGAGCUCUGCUACCAUUUCGGAGCUCAAUGACUUCAUUUGACCGAUUGAUAGUUUUCAUGCUAUAAAGCAAUAGGCGUAUUGUCUUUGGUACCCAUACAUUUUUGCAAGCUCUGUCAAUUGGCUCUCCUCUUUGAGCCAGCUUGCGAUUUGUCAAAUUUCAGGAAGCGGUUGGUUUUGCAUGUGGAUGUUCUCAUCGGACCGUUUUGGGAUCAUAUAGUCAAGAA